CGCUUCUUCCAAACACUGCCUUCUUCUUCUUCUUCUCCUUCGUCGUCUCUUGAUUCUCUCUCAAAUAUUCACCAAUUCCGAGAGAGAGGGGGGAGGGAGAGAGAGGUCUUUCAAUAACCAACAUCUUCUGUAUAGAAUUAUACACAUAUUACCUGUUUUCUUCUAUUUCGUGCUGAUACAUAUACCCUCCUGCCCGGCUGCCCCCUACACAAACCACUUUGUAUAGAUACACAUCACUGCACACACAUGUGCAUAUACAUUUAUACAUACAAAAUUAAUCUAUUCAUCUUCUCUUUAUAAUUGUUAUUGCAUUGUUUGUUUCCAACUCAAAUUCGGGGGUUAAAUUCAUCUGAUUUUGUUGCGCGUCAUCGCUGUUGGAUUGGGGGUGUUUUAGGGUUUAAUUCCCCCCAAUUGGUCUGUUAGGGUUAUAGGAGAGCUUAUCAUCGAUUGUUUAUCUCAUAUGCUAUGAAUUAGGUUUGCUGAAAAAUGACGAGUAAACGGAGGAGGAGGAGUAUGGAGGACGAUGAUGUAAAUUCGAGGAAUCAGAGGACGACGAGAAGUAGGACAAGUAGUAUGAAUGAUGAUCAAAGCGAUGGCAAUGUACUAGUUAAUUCUGUUGUUUAUAAAAAUACUAGACGGGAAAGAGGGCUUUUUGAUGCAGCAGAUGAUCUACGGAAUCCUACAAUUACUGUCAAGCGUAGGCGAACUCAAAUCUCUUACACUGGGGAGCUUAAGAAUUUCCCAUUUUCUCAACCACAAUUAUCAUCAUCAUCAUCAUCACUUGCCAAGGAAAAGGAUAAGGAUUACUACACCCCACAACACUUUUCUCAGGGUGAUUUGGUUUGGGCCAAAUGCUCCAAAAGAUCCCCCGCCUGGCCAGCUAUUGUCAUCGACCCAUUAUGCCAAGCUCCUCAGGCUGUUCUCAAAGCACGCGUACCUAAAACUAUCUGCGUUAUGUUUUAUGGCUACAACAACAAAGGAAAAAGGGAUUAUGGAUGGAUUAAGGACGGUAUGAUUUUUCCAUUUGCAGAGUAUAUGAAUAGAUUCCAGACACAGACUCAACUUUAUGGGAGCAAACCCAGUGAGUUUCGCUUGUCAAUAGAGGAGGCACUUUUAGUAGAAAAUGGGCAUACUGAACCUGACUUUGAUGUGGGGCAUCAAGACAAUCCUGUCAGUACAAUCCUGGUAAAUCAAGAUAUGGAUUACUCUUCUACCAAGGACACAAGACAAUGUGAUUGUUGUGAUAUGAGCUUUCCUUGCCAGAAAAUGAAGAAAGUGAAGGGCAGAGCAUCCCUAGUCAAGUAUCAAUGUGAUAAUUGUGCAAAGUUACAGAAAUCAAAACAAUAUUGUGGUGUAUGCAAACAGAUUUGGAAUCACUCAGAUGGAGGAAAUUGGGUAUGUUGUGAUGGUUGUGAUGUCUGGGUUCAUGCUAAAUGUGCUGAUUUUUCUGGCAAGCUGUUGAAGAGUUUAAAGGACACAGAUUAUUAUUGCCCCGAAUGUGAAGCAAUAUCUGACCGCAAGCCAUCAUCUUCAGAGACACAGCGAUCAAAAGUCAGGUCUGCGCAAAACCAAAAUCGAGCUGGAGUGCCUGACAAAAUAAUCGUGAUCUGCACCGGUGUGGAAGGAAUUUAUUAUCCGUCACUUCAUUUAGUUGAAUGCAGAUGUGGUUCUUGUGGGAAAAGGAAACAGAAAGUAAGUGAAUGGGAACGCCAUACAGGUUCUAGAGCAAAAAAAUGGAAGACUAGCGUCAAAGUGAAGAGCUCAAAGCUUCCUCUUGAACAAUGGAUGUCGCAGUAUAAUCUACUUCAUUUAAAGCCCGUGAAGUUAAAUAAGGAACAGUUAUGCACAAUUUUACAAGAGAAGUAUGAACCUGUUUGUCCAAAGUGGACGACAGAAUGUUGUGCUGUUUGUGGUUGGGUUGAGGACUGGGACUAUAACAAAAUCAUCAUAUGCAACAGAUGUCAAAUUGCCAUUCAUCAAGAAUGCUAUGGUGUGACAAGUGAUCAGGAUUUCACUUCUUGGGUUUGUAGAGCUUGUGAAACUCCAGAUACUGAGAGAGAGUGUUGCUUGUGCCCAAUUAAAGGUGGUGCUUUAAAGCCAACUGAUGUUGACACUUUGUGGGUUCAUGUCACAUGUGCAUGGUUUCGUCCUGAAGUUGGUUUUCCGAACUUUAAGAAAAUGGAACCUGCUGUUGGGAUUCUUAAAAGCCCGUUAGAUUCUUUUCUGAAGGCAUGUGUUAUCUGCAAGCAAGUACAUGGUUCUUGCGCACAGUGUUGCAAGUGUGCUACUUAUUUUCAUUCUAUGUGUGCUUUGAGAGCCGGUUAUCACAUGGAACAUUUUCAAUUUCUCUGUUUUCAGUUGCAAAGUUUAGAGAGGAACGGGCAGCAAGUCACAAAAUGGGUCUCCUAUUGUGCUGUUCACAGUGGUCCCGAGUCAGGUAAUGGUAUAGUAAUACGGACUCCAACAGGCAUUUUUGGUGCCAGAAAUUUGCUCAAUCAAUCACAAUGUGUACGGGGAUCAAGGUUGGUUUCGUGCAAGACAAAUGAACUUCCCCAACGAUUAACGGGAGAGACAAAUGAGUACGAGCCAUUUUCUUCGGCAAGGUGUCGCAUCUACAAGAGGUUGCAAAAUACGAAUUCUGUACGAGAACCUAGGUUCCACCGGCUUAUGGGACCUACACAUCAUUCAUUGGAAGCAAUUGAUUGCUUAAGCAUGCAUGUAGAGGUCAAAGGUGCCCACAAGUUUUCAACAUUAAAAGAACGGCUUCAUGAUUUACAGAAAACAGAAAAUCAUAGGGUUUGUUUUGGGAAAUCUGGAAUACAUGGAUGGGGACUUUUUGCUCGCCGGAACAUUCAAGAAGGAGAAAUGGUUCUGGAGUAUCGUGGUGUGAAGGUAAGGAGAAGUGUGGCUGAUAUUAGGGAGGCACGGUACCGUUUAGAAGGCAAAGAUUGUUACCUUUUCAAGAUCAGUGAAGAAGUAGUAAUUGAUGCAACUGAGAGGGGGAACAUUGGUCGCUUGAUUAAUCAUUCAUGCAUGCCUAACUGUUAUGCUAGGAUAUUAAGUGUGGGUGGAGAAGAAAGCAGGAUAGUACUUAUUGCGAAAACCAGGGUGCUCGCCGGAGAUGAGUUGACGUAUGAUUACAAGUUCGAUCCUGACGAGAGCGAUGAACAGAAGGUCCCCUGCCUAUGUAGAACUCCAAUCUGUCGGCAAUUUAUGAACUAGGCAACAAAUUGUAGAUACUCAUUUUUUACAAUCCCCCAAAAGAAAUGGAUCCUUCUCAGACUUCAAUGACCCUUUACAGGAGUAAUUAGCAUUCAGGUUUUUUCCAUACCAAUUAUUUGUAAUUUGUGCAGAGAGAAGUAAAAAGCAUAGUUAAUAGGCUGGGUACAUUGCAGGAGAUUGUUUCCUUCUUUCAUAUAUAAUACUGAUUAAUAAGCUUAUGUUUU